AAUCCCGAACCGCAGCGCGCCCUGGUGCCGCAUGCGCGGUAUUUGACACACAGGUCUGGUGGACUGUCGGGGUUUGGAAUCUCGCUGGGAGGGAAUGGCAGCGUUUGUGAGGAGGAUCAUCAGCACCACCAAGGCACCGGGGGCAAUCGGCCCCUAUAGCCAAGCAGUUGUGGUGGAUCGAACCAUGUACAUUUCUGGGCAACUGGGGUUGGAUCCUGCAACUGGGCAGCUUGUGGCUGGAGGAACAACACAGGAAGCCAAGCAGGCACUCAUCAACAUGGGAGAGAUCCUCAAGGCUGCAAACUGUAACUAUGAUAAUGUUGUAAAAACAACUGUUCUUCUGGCAGACAUCAACGACUUCAAUUGUGUUAACGAUGUUUACAAGCAAUAUUUCAAGACCAACUUCCCAGCCAGAGCUGUCUACCAGGUUGCUGCAUUACCACGGGGAGGCCGAGUUGAGAUUGAAGCUGUGGCUGUAGUGGGGCCUAUUGUGGAGGGGGCCGUGGAUCAGAAGUUAUAAAUUGGAGACUGAAACUGUAGAUACAAGGAAAUCACUGUACUAUGAUUUUUUUUUUGUCUUGUAUAGAUCAAUAAUUUAAAGACACACUUUCAAAAUUAACAUUGUUCUUUUUUAAACCUUUAAUUUAAACCAUUGAUUUUUGUAGCUAACAGUGCUUUAUAUCCAGUGAUCAAAGUUUUGCAAAAUACACAAUGUGAAAUGAA